AUGGAGAGAGUCCACGAAGAAGAAGAUGGAGGUGAUGGUGAUGAUGACGAGGGAUUUUCGGAGCGAUUUUCAUCUAUUAUGUUAGAGAUAUACCGAGUCGAGCUCCUAAGGCUUGCACUCCUCUCUUCUUUCUUCUCCUUUGUUAUAGUGCUUCUUCAAAAAAUUGAGAGAGUCUAUAAAGAAGAAGAUGGAGGUGAUGGUGAUGAUGAUGAGGUAUUUUUAGAGCGAUUUUCAUCUAUCAUGUUGGAGAUAUACCAAGUCGAGCUCCUAAGAGUCCAUGAAGAAGAAGAUAGAGGUGAUGGUGAUGAUGAUAAGGGAUUUUCGGAGCGAUUUUCAUCUAUCAUGUUGGAGAUAUACCAAGUUGAGCUCCUAAGUGCUUGCUUUGAAAAAUGGAGGAAGUCCAUGAAGAAGACGAUGGAGGCGGUGAGAGUCCAUGAAGAAGAAGAUGGAGGAGGUGGUGAUGAUGAUGAGGGAUUUUCCGAGCGAUUUUCAUCUACAAUGUUGGAGAUAUGCCAUGUUGAGCUCCUAAGUGGUGCUACCAUUAAGAAAUUUAGCGAGGUCGCUUUAAAAAAUGGAGAGUCCAUGAAGAAGAAUAUGGAGGUUGUGGUGAUGAUGAGGAGGGAUUUUUAG